AUAUCAUGUCCUCAUCCUCUCAACAUGUCCGGAGUUUCUUCUCUCCUGAGGACCGAAACAACUGAGAGGAACUGAAUUUGGCACGUGCAGGAAAACGUUUAUCACGAAACCACAAGUGAACAUGAGCACUCCCUCCGCUGACAGGAAGUCCCAAGUGGAUUAUGGUGUGCAGAUCCGCUUCAUCAACGACCUCCAUGACACGGGUGGAGGUUACACGGAAAAAGCCAGAGUCGCCAACGGCACAAGCCCUUCUUCCAGCAAAUAUGGCGUGGCCGUGCGGGUUCAGGGGAUCUCUGGGCAGCCUUAUGUGGUUCUGAAAGAUGGACAAAAAGGUGACUCCUAUGGAGUUCAAUUGACUAAUCCCAAUGCCCCUCCCACCCCCACCUUAGGACCACCUUCAUCCUACAACAGUGUCCCCAAACUUAAAAAAGAGCCUGCAGAAUUUACAAAGUCCUUCAGCCCAGUUGUAAAUUCCUCACGCUCCCCUGUUUCCCCAUCCACAGAGGAUGAGAUUGGGGAAAUUUUUGGGAGCCCUCUUAGACGACCUCCGGGGGAUGGCCAAGCAGGAACACAAGGAGAAGAGGAAGGUAGCACUGGGAGGGAACGACUGGUGGAGAGGCCAAAAUCUGAACCCAAAUUCACAGCAAUGUUCAGCGACAAUGAGACCAAAGGAGAUAAGACUGAGGAUGAGUAUAACAUAGCUGGACUGAAACCUGUCAAAUUAAACACGGCAGGACCUAAAGGGUUUAAUCGAACUGCUUCUGGUUUCACAAACUCUUUAGGGAGGUACAGUGAGAAGAGAUCAAGCACAGAUCCUCCUCCACAACCCUUCCCAGAUCCUCCUCCUCCAGCACUAACCAACAGUGAGCCUGCCCCAGUUAUUGACACCAAGUCCCUGGCUCCAAUCAACAAACUCAUCAGUAAGUUCAACAGCAGCACCCCAGGAAGUGCCCCACAGUCCAGAGGCCGCUCUGGAGCAAGGCAGCGGCUGAGGUUUGAUGAGCGCACGAGAUCCAGAAGUCUUGAUGCACGAAAAGAUGCAGAGCCUGAAGUUACCCUUCCCUCACCAACAUCUCCCACCCCAAACCCCUAUGCUGCUCCUUUAACUGCCUCCUCCAGUUUACUGAUAUCAUCUGCUCCAGGAGGUGGUAGCCUGGGACAGAGUCCUGCCUCUGCUGCCAAGGUGACGGCACUAAACACCCCUGAGGCAAGUUUCAAGUCACCAGAGAAGUUUGUUUCUAAGGCCAACCCUCCAGCUAUUGCAAAAAAGCCUGAAACACUUUCAAGGAGUUCAAGCCAGAGUACGGAGGUCAUUAAUGGGGAAGAGGCUCAAAUCAAGCAGGCCAUUUACAACAUCCUCAAAGAUGGCACCAGUGAGAAUGAAGGAGCCCUUCAAAAAAAAGUUAGCCGUGUCUAUGAGACAACCAACAAGAUAAAGAUGGGAGGAUUUGGUGGAGGCAUCACAAAGAAGAAUCUUGAAGAUCUUCAGAAGCUACUCGAAUGCUACAAGAAAGAUUUGGACGAGGCACAGGAUGAACUUGCUGCAGAGCGUCUGUCCAGAGAGUUAGCGGAGUCCCGUCUGCACCUUAAAGAAGAUCAGCUGGCUCAUCUUCAGGAAGAGCUGAGGAGGGUUUCAGAAAACGUACCCCAGUCGGACUCGUUUCAGACGGACGUGAUGAACCUGCAGGCGCAGCUAGCCGAGGCCACCAUGCUUCACCAGCGCCAGGAGGAGGUGCUCCACCAGCGAGAGCGGGAGCUAACGGCUCUGAAGGGGGUGCUGAAAGAGGAGGUGGAGUGUCACGACAAAGAGAUGGAGGCUCUGAGGGAGCAGUACAGCCAGGACAUGGAGAACCUGAGGCAAGGCAUGGAGCAGUUCACACAGUCCCAGGAGCUGAUAGAAGAGGAGCGGAAAAAGGUGAACAACUCUCUGCUGACGCUUGAGGCUGAGCUGGAGAGCUGCAGAGACCAGGGGGACCAGUGGAGGAUGGAUCUGGAGACGACCAGAGAAGAGCUAAAAAAGUCUCUCAUGGAGAAGAAGAAAGUUGAGGGCUCGCUGAAGGAUCUUCAGGAGUCUUUGCUUUCCACAAAGACGGAAAAGGCAGCGUCUGACGACCUUUCCUUAAAAGAGGAGCUUCGCCGUUGCCAUGACGAUCUGAAGCGAACCCGCGCCGAUCUGGACAAACAAAGGGGCGAGAUAGACGAGAAAAACGGGGCACUCGAAGCCCUGAAGUGGGCGAGCGAAGGGAAGGAGGCCGAGCUUCUGUCGAAGAUUAGUGAGUUGAAGGAGAAGCUGAAGAAAGACGCAGCUGAGCUGGAAAAGGCACUCGAGAAGGCGAAGGAGUCAUCAGCUGGGUUUGCAGGAAGGACGGUGGUGGACCACAGCACCAGCCUGGAGCUGCAGGAAGAAAACACUCGCCUCAGAGACAGGCUGGCCCGCAUGACGAGGCUUCAUUCCAGCGUGCCACAGAGCUCCGAUGCCGAGGAGGAGCUGGAAGCUCUGGAAGGGGAGAACCGCUCCCUGAAAGCUCAGCUGGAGGAGGCCAAGAGAGGUACCACCCGCCUGGGCAAAGAGAGGGACGAGCUGAGCCGGCGGCUGGAGGAGCGAGACCUGGAGAGGGAGGCCCUGAAAAGGAGCAAAAACGAUCUGGAGGAGCAGAAGAGGCUGCUGGACCGAGCGGUCGAGAAGCUGAACAAGGAGAUGGAGGCGAUGAUGGGGGAUUCUCGUCAGUCGGUGGCCAGCCUGCAGUCGCAGCUCGACGAGUUCAGGGAGCGAUCGAGGAAGGACCUGCUGGAGGCGCAGAGGAACAGCAAGGACAGGCUCGCUGAGCUGCAGAGGGCUCAGAAUACUCUCAAGGCCCAGCAAGAAGAGGUAUCUCGUCUGAAGAAGGAGCUGCUGGCGUGCAGCGAGGAGAGGGACGGCGCUCAGCUGGAGAGGGACCUCCUCAACAACCGCCUCAAGCAUUUGGAGGGCGAACUGGAGUCUGAGAAGAACACGCACACCGACCGCGGCCGGGAGAUCCGAAUCCUGGAGGAUAAAGUUAAAACUCUGGAGAUGGAGCUGGAUGAGGAGAAAAGCAGCGCGGAGCUUCUGAACGACCGCAUAAACCGAAGCAGAGAUCAGGUGGACCAGCUUCGAUCGGAGCUGAUGCAGGAGCGCUCAGCGAGACACGACCUGGAGAUGGACAAGAGCGCGCUGGAGCGACAGGUGAAGGAGCUAAAGACCCGCGUGGCCGACAUGGAGGGACAGAGCCGACCCUCGGCUGGACUCGCCCUGCUGGAGAAGAAGAUUCAGGAGCUGGAGGAGAGGCUACGCAGUGAAGAACGAGAGAAGUCGAGCAUCCAGGCGUCCCAGAGACGAAUGGAGAGAAAAGUGAAGGAGCUGAACGCCACUUUGGACCAGGAGAGGAGCCAGCAUGUCGAGCAGAGGGAUCAGCUGACCCUUCGCGUCAAGGCCCUGAAACGGCAGGUGGACGAGAGCGAGGGGGAGGUGGAGCGCUUGGAGGGUGUGCGCCGUAAACUCCUCAGGGACCUGGAGGAGCAGCAGGAGCUCCAGGAAGCAGGGCGAGCUAAAGUCUCAGCACUGGAGAGCGAGCUGAAGAGGAAGUCUCAGCAGACUCACCGCGCCGCUCUGACCUCCUCCGCUUUGAGCUCUGACGAAGAAGACGAAGCGACAUCGCCUCCGUCCUGAGCGAGACGGAAGAGACGAGCACAAGAAGAUCCAGGAGGGGGAGUUUCAGUCACACUGGGCUUUUAUUUUUAGUCAAACUGAGACAACUUGUCAGGAUUAUUAGUUCUUUUAAAAUGUUCUGCUGUGAUUUUUCUUAAUGUAG